GCUGCUGGAGAGAAAGAGAAAGCGAGAGCGAUAGCAUAACUCCAUGUGAGACAGGGGGAGGAGAACGCAAGGAGGACCUGAAAAGGGGCUGUACAAACUAGCCAUAACAUACACACACCGAAGCACUUUGGAGUACAGGAAGCAGCAGUUGAGAGGAAGAUCACUGACUCAUUGUACCCUGGCAGCAGUGGAGGUUCAUCCAGUGUCCUUUCAUUUCAACUACACAACUAGAGGUUAAGACAUUAAGCCUUGUCUGGAUAUGCCAUAUACUUGCCCGAGGAGUCUUUUUGUAUCUAAUCUGAAACAAGCAAAUUAACUAUGCCACUGUGAUGGUGGGUUUGAGAUCAUAUCACUGGGCUUAAGCCACCCAGAGAGAGACUCGAUCAGUAAUACAGGGAUAAAGAAUGAAAACUAUAGAAACCAUUUGUUUAAAAUCCAAACAUAUGUACCGAGCACAAUAAUGCCUUGCUUGAAAGUUUAGUGAUUACAAUAGCCGCAGUCAGAACAUUUGGACAACCUUUCAGCUGAAUGUGUUUUUCAUGUGCUAAUGAAACGACAGGAAAGCACCUAACACUCCCCUUCAUGUUAACAUUGUUGAAACAUUUUAAGAGCAAGGGCCACGCGUGCCUUUAAAGAAACAGCCAGCCUCGGGGAGAUUGCAAUAAACUCGAGGGACAUGUUUUGGUGACUUUGACUCAAAAAAACAACAACAACAAAAAAAAAGAAUAUCUGGAUAUGACAUCGAAAACGGACACAAAUAGAACCGAGGAUAGACUUCCAGCCUUUGCCGCAUUGCCAAGGAGUAUAUCCAAGUUGUUGGCACUUUUCCAUGGGAAGUGAUCCAGAGUGCAUUGAGAAGUAUCUCCAGGGAGGUCUUGUUAGAGUUUGAAAAAUAUUGUGUGGAUUGAAAGCAAAAGUAAAUUUUUCAGCUCAUCUCUGGGCGGUAGCGUGUCUACUCCGAAGGAUUACUGUGAAGAAAAUGUCCAGAAAAAAUGUAGAGCUUUAGUUUAACUUUGAUCCUGAUUGUUUCUUCACAAUUCGGGAAAAAUAAAACAGUCAGUGGAUCCUGAAACCACCUCUUACAAGCCAAACUUACAGCUCAGCUGAGAAAAAGAACGCUUUUGUCAUACCCAAGCAAGCGUGCCGGCAAACAGGGUGCUCGGCGAAAGAAGAGCGUAUCUUAGGCAAAGACGAAGUGAUGCAGGCUGGGAUGGAGUGCAAGCAUGAGCCUGCUAGAAGAGGGGACUGCCGCGGUGGGCCUACCACUACAACACCCUCCACCCUCAACAAGACAGGAGCAAACACAUCCCUACAGAGGCACAGUACUAACAUCUUGGAGGAGGAUGACCACAGCGGGGUCAAAGCAAUGCCAGGCUUGACGUCCUGCCAGAUGGAGCGGAAAACAAACCUCAGCAGAAGUACCAGUUUGUCAGAGAAGGAGCUGAAGGAGGCACGGACCAAGAGUCAGAUCAUUGCUGCUCAGCUCCAGGCCAAUUCCAACUCUAAAGGCGUCCAACUUUUCAACCGGCGCAGACAGAGAGUAAAUGCUUUCACACUUGUAAGCGUCGGAGGAGGGGGAGUGGAGGCAUCCAAGAAUGUAAUUGACUCAUCUUUUGAAAGUCCACGGCCGUGGGACAAACAUCACUCGACUGAGGACCAGGACAAAGAGUUGAAUCGUAGAAACCUCACGUGGACGGCUGGCAGGAUCUGCAGUACUGGGAGUGACAUGGAAGAUGCUUGUGAGGUUACACGGGAGGAUGUAGCAGAAGAAAGCCAAGACAGACACUUUCUCCCUGUGAAUGAGAAGGAUGAGGAGCUCUCAGAAGACCUCACAGAGCAUGUGAAGGAUGAGGUUAGUCUUAGAAGUGAUAAUACCCCUUCUGUUAUGGACAGGACUGGUCAAGAUGAAGCAGUAGACAAAGGAGCACACAAUAAAGAAAUCCCAAAUGGAUACAGUGUACAAUGCAAUGGAAAAGCAGAUAAGACAGUGACUAAACAGCCCACCAUCAUGAACAGAACAGCUCGCCCAUUUUUCUCCCCAACAGUAGGAUCCUCUGAAGUUACAAGUCCAGUCAUGAACAUACCUCCAGCCCCAACUUAUGACUCUACAACACAAAUUGAACCUUCAACUCACCUAGUGCACCCAAGACCUGUUUUCUCUCCACCUCCACCUCCACCUUCAUAUCCAACUCCUCCUCUCCCCAGCUACUCCAGUCCUCCUCCACCUAACACAGCCCAUGCUCCCUCUCCUCAUCCUUCUUCUUACUACAUCCGCCCAUAUGCCCCCAGGCCUACAUUUGUCCCUAACCUCUUGAGUGAAAAGAGAUCCAUCACUCCCAUCAGAUCGGGCAUCCUUGAGGAGGGCCAGGCUCGCCGAGCGACCCGCAAGUCGAUGUUCACAUUUCAGGAGAAGCCAAAAGUGGCUCCGAAUCCCGAACUCCUGUCCAUGGUGCAGUGUGCAGAUGAAAAGAAGAAAAAACCCCAGCCAGAUGCAGGGCAGGAAGAGGAGUUGCUGGCUCUCGGGGCUGAAGCCUCAAACUUCUUGGCCGAGGAUGAGGAUAUUCACGAGGAAGCUGCAGUGCCGGAGUGGGCCUCGAGUUUGAAAAGCUCCAGAACACGUUCCAGGACAGAGCACAAGCCGGAGCAAGCCCUGACCGAUGCUUCAGGAAAAGGAGCUGAACUGUUUGCCAAACGCCAGUCGAGGAUGGAAAGGUAUGUCCAUGACAGCAAGGACCCGAGAUCUCUCUCUCCUACCAUGUCCUUGCCUCCUUCGUGGGUGUAUCCAUCCAACAUGCCCGGUCGAGUGAAGGCCAUAGUAAACUCCUCCAAUAUAAGUACACAAAUUUCAAAAACACUUCAAGCUCAACAGACAACUCAGAAAAAGAUUGUCCCUGCCAAAACGCCAGUACCUGUUCCGGCUCCACCUCCGGAAAUACCCUUGGAGAAUGGCUGCACUAAAAUCGAGAUGGAGCUGUCCAAACAUCAGCCCUACCAGCUCAACUCAUCCCUCUUCAUCUUUAACCCAAUGAAAGAUCCCUACAGCACUCUUCCCAGAGCCGCCCCAGCUCCUAAAUCUGUUGUGACCGCUCACUCCUUCUCCAGACAAUCAUCCCUUCCAACAAGCCCGUUGCCAUCACCGUACAGCCCAUCUGCCGCCUGUCGGUCAGCCCAUUGCUUUUCGCCUCCUCUUAAUCCCAUCACAGCAGGCAGUGUCAGUUCCCCAGUGUCAUCUUUAGCUCCGGAACGUGUGGCUUCACCUCGCUCUGGCGUCCAAGCUCCACGUCCUACGUUCUCCACCAAAAAAGCUGGUAUCAGCCCACAGGAGGAAACCCCGGCACCAAUCAAUAGCCCUGACUCCACCACCCCAACUUCCAGGACGCCCAACUUCACUAGACGCAUCACAGGCCCUGAGGUGCCGUCCAGCACUGUCUGGUCCCCCAGCAGCCCUCUAGUGACCUCUACAUCAUCCAGCCCAAUCUACAAGCCCACACCCAUCUCCCACUCACCCCGACCCAUCCACAAGCCCGUCACAACCUGCCCUUCCCCAAGCGCUCUCCGCAAGCCCAUUGCAACCACUGCAUCUCCGGGUACCAUCUUCAAGCCGAGCGCCCCCUCUCCUGUGUCUCCACAAUGGGAACCGAGGUGCCAGUCCCCAGCUGUCAGCCAGGACACCAAAGCCAACCACCGCAUUUUGGCCAAAAACAUCAUCAAUGCGGCCAAGCGGAAAAACAGCCCAUCUCCCGGGGCACUGAGCAGCCGCAGUCUACCCAUCUCCCCUGUGAGCGGCAGGAUCGUGCCUUACGAACAAAAAACAGUCAGUCCAUUUCAGCCACGGAUGCUGGGGGCUCAAUCGCCCACCCUUACCAGUCCCUCUCCCACCCGCAUGAUCCACUCUCCGGUGCAGUUGUACAACACCCGCUCGCUGACUGACUCUGAUGUCUCUGUCGAGUCUGAGGAUUCAGGUCUGCGCUCUCCUGGAGUGCGCAGCUACAAUACCUGUCCCCGCGGCUGGACCGGCAGUCUGCAGGUGAAGAGGGGAGGCAUGCCUGAAGAUCUGUAGGAAGGACUUAGGGAUGAUUUAUACUUCAGCCUGAUUUCGUUGUAGACCAAAGUGUCCCUUAAUUAUUGAAUGUAAAGCAUUAUGGAUUUUUCAGUACAUUGCAUAUAGUACAUAUGUCACUAUGUUGACUGUGUGAUGGAAUCUGUUCGUGUUAAAGAAAUACAUUGUCGUUCAAAAGUUUGGGUCAGUAAGUUGUUGUUGA